GCAGCUGGAGUUCCACACUUCGCCCUGUUCUCCCCGAAAAGCAUACUUAAUAUAAUAACAACAGACCACACGUUUUAGUGAACACCUGUUUUCUUAUUUAUACAGGUUUUCUAUCUGCUAUUGGCAGGUAUGUAGGGAGGUUCACCCUCUGUGCUCAGUGUUCGUUCUGUACAGCAAACUGUGAGAGGGAGAAAGACGCGGAGAAGGAAAAGUCUGGCAGUGCGGUUUUGGAGUUGGAGUUGCAGAGUAAAAGUCUCACAAGCAACUCCAGAGCGCGAGAAGAACAUCUGCAACAAGCGGAAAAAUUCUUCACUUACGAGGAGAAAAAAGAAAAGAUCAAGAAUUAUUGGAGGGAAAGCAUCCUUCUAACACGUGUCUGGUCUCCAUGAGGUGCUGAGGAAUGCUGAGCAGUCGCCAUGGAAACCCAGUCCCAGGCCAGUUCUGCCGCUGAGAAGAAAAAGAGGGUGGAGACAAUCGUGGCGACCAAGGGUUCGUCGGCGCGUGCCGACGUCAGCGAGAAAGCCGUGGCCUCGAGCACAACGUCCAACGAGGAUGAGAGAUCAGGCACGCCAUACCACCCCCACCAUCACCAUCACCGCGAGAGACGUAAUGCCAUCAGUACCCAGGCCCCCACGCCCGGCGCCCCUGGCAGUAAGCUGGGCGAGGAGCCGUCCACCUCCACGGAAGAGCGGCCCUCCCUUGUGAAGAAGGAGCUGCACAGUUCGCUGCCGCACCUGUCGGACCAUGCGCUGCCCUACCGCGGCACACUGUUUGCCAUGGAUCCGCGCAAUGGAUACAUAGACUCCCACUACCCACCGCCACAGUUCUUCCCCACCUUUCAUCCCCCGGUUCCCAUCGAUGACAGACACGCCCAGGGACGAUACAUCUACGAGCCGUCCCCAGUUACCCCGUUACACGUUCUGUGUAGGCCUCCCUCGCUGGCCGGAAGUCCGGCGUUCUCGGACAUCUCCCUCAUCCGGAUAUCGCCCCACCGGAACCCCUCGGUGGGAGCAGAGUCUCCCUUUAACCCUCCGCACCCCUACAUUAACCCCUACAUGGACUACAUACGCUCGCUUCACUCCAGCCCCUCCCUCUCCAUGAUCUCUGCAGCCAGGGGUCUCAGCCCUGCAGACGCCCCUCAUACAGGCCUGACCACAACAGAGUACUACCAUCAAAUGGCUCUCCUGGCGGGCCACCGCAGCCCUUACACGGACCUCCUCCCCUCUGUUGCAUCCACGGCCGGAGCCACCAGCAGCGCCCUGCACAUGGAGUAUCUCCAGGCCAUGGAGAGCUCUCGGUUCCCCAGCCCCAGGCUGACAGCGAGACCCAGUAGAAAGCGGACCCUGCCCAUCUCCCCACUGUCGGAGCACAGCUUCGACCUGCAGACCAUGAUCCGCACCUCGCCCAACUCCCUGGUCACCAUCCUCAACAACUCCCGCUCAAGUUCCUCCGCCAGCGGUUCCUACGGACACCUUUCCGCUGGGGCCAUCAGCCCGGCGUUGAGUUUUGCCUACCCCCCGACCCCUGUGGCUCUCCAGAUGCAUCAGCAGCUGCUUGGCCGGCAACCGGGGAUGGUGGGCUCCGCAUUUGGCCACAGUCCGCCCCUUAUCCACCCCUCCCCGGCGUUCGCCACCCAGCGGCCCAUCCCCGGCAUCCCUCCUCCUGGGCUCGCCCCCAGUGAGCGCUCCGUCAUCUCCAACGACUCCUCACAGACAAAGCCUACCAGUGAGUCAGCAGUGAGCAGCACAGGGGAUCCCAUGCACCACAAGCGCUCCAAGAUCAAACCGGACGAGGAGCUACCCAGCCCAGAAGCCGACCAUCCAGAUGGGAUGACUCUUGUGAAGGAGGAAGGGGACAAGGAUGAGAGCAAGCAGGAGCCAGAGGUGGUGUACGAAACCAACUGCCACUGGGAGAGCUGCCAUCGGGAGUAUGACACGCAGGAACAGCUAGUGCAUCACAUCAACAAUGACCACAUUCACGGGGAGAAAAAGGAGUUUGUGUGUCGCUGGGAGGAGUGUUCACGGGAGCAGAAGCCCUUCAAGGCCCAGUACAUGCUGGUGGUCCACAUGAGGAGACACACAGGCGAGAAACCUCACCGGUGCACGUUUGAGGGCUGUCCCAAGGCCUACUCUCGUUUGGAGAACUUAAAGACCCACCUGCGCUCUCACACUGGAGAGAAGCCUUACGUUUGUGAACACGAGGGCUGCAACAAAGCCUUUUCCAACGCCUCUGACAGAGCCAAGCACCAGAACCGCACACACUCCAAUGAGAAACCUUACGUGUGCAAGAUCCCCGGCUGCACUAAGCGCUACACGGACCCCAGCUCCCUACGCAAGCACGUUAAGACAGUGCAUGGGCCUGAGGCACAUGUUACUAAGAAGCAGCGUGGCGACGCAUACCCACGCCCCCCGCCGCAGCCCCGGGAGGGGGGCAAUGGACAGGGGAGGUCGCCGGGGCAGCUGGGAGCUUAUGCAGACCAAAGGGAGUACAACCACACUACCUCGAAACAGGAUGAAUGUCUGCAGGUCAAAUCCAUCAAGACGGAGAAACCCAUGACGUCUCAGCCAAGCCCUGGCAGUCAGUCUACAUGCAGCAGUGACCAGUCCCCCAUCAGCGCCUAUCCAGGCCGUGGAGUCCAGCUUGCUGUGAGGGGAGGGGGGGUGGGACCGAGCGAGGGGCUGGGAGAGGAGGACGGAGAGCUGGAGGACGAGGAGGAGGAUGAGGAAGAUGAGGAAGGUCUGGGCGCCUGCGAUGCCCCCGUCAUGGACUCCACAGUGUCAACGGCCACUGCGGCCACCCUCGCGCUGCAGGCGAGGAGGAACAUCGGCCGGCCCAUGAGGUGGAUGGAGCACAUGAAGAUGGAGAGGCUAAAGCAGGUGAACGGAGGAGGGGCCCCCAGGUUGGGCUCCUUGUCCCCCACGCCGCCCCCCAAGGGCCCAACCGUGCUGCCUGUCAUCUUAGGGAAGGGUCCAUGCCUGGGGAGGUUAGCCCAUCCCCAGCCUCCCCCUCGUCCGGAGCUGGGCAGCACAGAGCUGACGGUCCUCAGUCUACUCCGCGGCAUUGAGCGCCAUGACCGGCGAGACAGCAGCGGCAGCGCCACUAGCUCAGCCUACCUGAGCAGCAGCCGUCGAUCCUCUGGCAUCUCGCCAUGCUUCUCAUCACGGCGCUCCAGCCAGACCUCCCAGAGCGAAGCGACCAACACCCCGGGUCACCACCGCCGCCACCACAACCUUAGCUCCACUGACUCCUACGACCCCAUCUCAACGGAUGCAUCGCGCCGCUCUAGUGAGGCCAGUCAGUGCGGCGGAGCCGGUGGGGGCGUAUUUGUGAGUGGAGGGUGGGCGGGAAUCGGCGGAGGCUCCAAGGGGAUGCUCAAUCUUACGCCGGCACAGCACUACCACCUCAAGGCAAAGUACGCUGCUGCCACAGGCGGCCCGCCCCCAACACCGCUGCCCAACAUGGAGCACAUUAGCCUGAAGACCCGCAUGGCCAUGAUGGUGGAGGGCCAGGACGGCGGUGGGAGCAACCAUGCACUGCCCCCGCUGGUCAGGCCGCGUCGCUGCAGCGACGGAAGCACCACCAACGGUUAUGGGGUCCACAGCGGAAGCCGAGAUUACCGCCGACGGAUCCUUUAUCCGGGUGAAGGCCCAGGGAAUGGCUCGGACCGGAGAGCCAGUGACCCCGUGCGCACCCACACUCAGAAUGCUCACUCUGAGUUCUUCGGGCUUCCCCAAGUCCAACGCUUCAGCAGCCUCAAUGACAUCCACCCUCUGCCCCCACUCCAGCAUCCUACAGCAGAGGGUCGCAGCUUCAGCCUGCAGAACUACACGCGCUCUGAGGGUAAUAUCCAGCGGGGAAGCCUCCACUCUCCCUGCCCCCCAAGUAUCAUGGAGCAUGCAGCCCUAGAGGCUCUGGCAAUGGAACAAGAGGGUACCCUGUCGCUGGGCGAUGAGGACAUGCUGCCGGAUGACCUUGUACAGUACCUCCGCUCCCAGGACCAGACGGGCUCCUAUAACAAUAAUCUGGAGAAUCACGGAGCUGGGGAAAACGGACACCUUUCUGGGGGGGAGUUGCAAGACCAGGGCCCGGUGUUGGACCAGUGCUUCCUUAGCCUCCGGCAGUCCCAGGGACUUGAGCAAGAAAGCCCCAGUAAAGACGGCAUGCCCAUUCAGUGGAAUGAAGUGAGCUCCGGAAGCGCUGAGAGGUCCCCACAGAGGCAGGGCCAGGCACAGCAGAGGUGUAGCCGCUGGGCCACGUCAGAGCAGCAACAAGCAACAGCUGGCUCUCGGUUUGGACGGUUUGGGAACAUGGUGGUGCAGCAGCAUCAACCCUUCACCAGAGACUUCCAGAUCCAACACUGCACCCAGCAAGGUGUUGGUCAUCUCCAACUUCAGCCACAAUGCAGAGUCAAUGGCGACGUAAAAUUAGAAUCGACCACCCACUCCUGCAUGGAGAUGAGAGGGAAUGGCCAUCACCCUUUGAAUGCUUUUUUGCGGCCAGACUUCUCCCAGAUCUCUGUAGGGCCUUUGCCCCAGGGCUAUGGCCAGCAGCAGUACCAGAACCAGACUCAUGGAACCUCCCGACAGACCGGAAACAACCUGCUCCUUAGCCGGGUCUCCAUGGACAGCCUCUCCCAGGCCCCGGCGCUCCACCACCCUCAGGCCCAGGCGCUCCACCACCCUCAGGCCCCGGCGCUCCACCUGCAGCAUACCAAUAGCAGCUACAGACACCCGGCUAGAACGCCACAGUUCACAGAGCAUCAACAACAAAACACCAACAACGAAUGCCAUGCCAACCUCACCCAGCAGAACCUUGCCCAACAGAACCUGAGGAACCAAGAAAGUCACUGUUCCCUGGCCCACCAGGUGUCCGGCCUGAAACUGGAGACUCCUGACCAGGGGUACCUGGACCAGCGCUUUGACCCUGGAGAUACCAAGGCACCUUCCUUCUCACCCCCGGAGGAGCAGUGUCUGCUUGAGAACAUGACGGAGCAGGUUGGGCAGGACUCGGCCCCAGCCUCUCUUCUCUCCCCGGGUGCCGACCAGGUGACCAGCACAGUAGACAGUGGUGCAUGCAGGUCAGCUGAUGUGCUAGACGACGUAGUGGCACUGGAUUUCGGGGCCAUGCUGGAGGACGUGGGGCUAGGCUUUGACCAGGGGAGUCUGGUGUCGGGGGUGAUUAGCCCUUCCAUCUUUCAGGGUCUGUCACGGACCUCGUCCCGUCUCACCACCCCCCAGGCGUCCGCCACCUUCCAUAGCGCAAACGGAAUGGUUCCCUCCAACCUCAGUAACAUGGCCAUUGGAGACAUGAGCUCCCUGCUCACAACCCUCGCAGAAGAGAGUAAGUUCCUGGCCAUCAUGCAGUAACUAAUGCCCUCCCUCCUUCUCUCCUGAGAGAUCAAUGGUGUAGUUGUCUGUGGGUAAACGGAUGUCCGUUUCUGGUGAUGAAGUUUAGUUCCCUGUAUUUUCAAUGCGUUUCUCCACAAAAAGUGGGUUGUGUAAAAGCAAAAAAGGCAGGUGCACUGCAUUUACCCCCGACUACACCACUGUGUGGGUUAAAAGUCAUGGAUUUAAAAAAGGAUUAAAAGGAUUAAUGUAAGGAACUGAGUACAGAUUAAAGACAGCAACACUUACUACAAAGCAACAAAUUAUGACAAUUUAUUAUACUUGCGUAAGUGUUACCAGAAACAGAUUUGUUGCCAAACAGAUUUAUUUUGUAAAACUGGCAUCUUGUCUCUUCCAAGGCAGGAGAUGUGUCAAAGUAUGUAUAGAUAUAUAGAUAUAUUCCUUUUGUGGAAUGAAGGCUAUUUUUGGAAGCCCUUCCCUUUGUAGUACUUUAUGAUGGUAAGCGAGAGGCCUUUGGUGGCCUCUGUGGGUUUGUCCUUUUGAAACAGUAUUCUGUGUAUCGUCACAGUUUUUUUUUUUUACUGUACACUGUUGAUAUAAAUGCAUGUUGUAUUCAAGGUCAAACAUAAACACUGUCUUUAUAAGUACAUAGACUAGUCCAUGUGCCAAGUUUCUAAUCCAAUUGGAUGUGCCAUUUACCAUUUUGGUGCAACGGACGCCUCAUAUAAAUCCUCAUGUCAGCGGGUCAUGGCAAGGCAAAGGCCAAAUCAAUGAAAAAAGACCCUUGUGUUGUCUUUCUAUACAGUAUUUACUUGUUUUUACAAUGAUAUUUACACCUUUGCUAUCAUCAUUUUGUUAGUAUGUUAUUUUGCAAAUAUGUAAGUGUUAGUGUUUCACUGUGUAUAUCAAUUCUUACCAAUUGCUGGUGUGUUUGAGUAUGGUGGAAAUAAUGAGUAAAUGUGUUAAAAGACCACACUUCAAAGUCUUAAAAUACCCAAACAUAACAUAGCAGUUUAGUUCAUACACCAAUGGCAUGAUCAAAUCAUCUGUAAUGUUACUCACAGGUGUAUAUAUAUAAUAAUGUUUAGUUUUUUUCUGUUAAAAUCAGCUCUUGCAAAGCAGUACAAUUCAUUUUAAAAACAUUUGGUUUCAAUCAACCAUUAAUUCAAGGGUAGCACACGAUUUACUGACAUAUAAAGGGUACCAUUUGUGUGUUUCUGUGGUUUUUAUCCACCAUUGUAUUUGAACAUUUUCGAAAUUAGAUUCUUUUAAUGUCUAUUAGACAUUUGUAAUGGAUCAACCAUAUUCUAUUCUCCAAAGGAGUAUACUAUAAUACAGUAAUUCCUGCCACUAGGAAGUGCAGCGACUCUUUAAACAGUGUUAGUAUCAUCUUAAAGUCCCACAACACAGUGUACAGUAUAUUAAAUAGUUUCCUAUAUUCUUCAGUGGCAAAAACUAUGAGGUACAGAAUUGUUUUGGUGUUUUUUGGUACUUUUUGUCUUUUUGUAGUUGUGCAUCAGUCAUUUUGUUUUGAAAGAGGUAAGAACUCAUUCCUUCGUGAAAGGACCGGAGGGAAUGGCCAUGAGGUAUGUGCCUUAAAAUCUGCCUGUCAGAAAAGAAAAAAGAUCACUGCCAAUCUUCCCAUGUUAGUCACAAAAAAGACGUGUUGUAAGACCUGUACAAUUUACAUACACAUUUACAUAAAAAAAGGAUUAUCAAAAAGGUUGAGAUGUGUGAAAUGCAUUAGACUUCCUUUUUUAUUAUUGUUUUCUUCAUUUUCUUGCCUUUUUUAUACUUACAUGUAAAUACAUUACUCUUUCUGUAGGUUUAGCUCAGAUAUGAGGAUGAGGCACAAGGGGCCACUAAAGAAAUGACUCUUACAACAGGGAUUCCCAGACCCGGGUUGGUUCUAGUCCAAGCAGAUUUGGCUCAGACUGGUGGGCGGAGUGCCCAGCACUGCCCGUUUACCAGAAGAGCCACUUUGCUCUUUUAUAACAGACCACAAAUGUUUGUAUGGUUUUAAUUAAAGAAAAAGGAAAUUAUAUUUCAAGUCUCCUGUCUUGCAUGUGUGCUGGUUUGGAUAAGAUUUAAACCCUUAAAGAUGGAUGUGGACGAAAUUAUUAAGAAUGUAUAAUAAAGUCACUGUCCUGGAAAUGGUAUUAAAUGCCUAAGCAA